AUGAAAAUACAGUAUGUUAUAGUGAGAAGAGACACAGAAUUCACGCACGGAGCAACCAUAGCACAGGCCGUGCACGCAGUAACACUAUGCCAGCACACACACUUUGACAAAGACUACCUGGAGUACUGUCGAGAGGGAUUUGCCAUGCGCACAGUCAUUCUCCAGUGCACACAAGAAAACAUGCCAGAAAUAAUAAAAGAACUGCAGGAAAGGAAAAUAAAGCACUGCGUAUGGCGCGAGAUGCCAGAAGACAUUGAGACUGCAAUAGCUCUAUAUCCGUACGAAAAAGACCUUAUAAAGGCAAUACCCGCCAUAAGAAAGCUUAAGCUGUACUAG